AACACUGGGACGCCGCUGGCAGCUCCCCUCACUCCCCCGCCAUGUUCUCCUAGCGGCUGCUUUGGUUGUGCUACCACUUCCUCAGCCCAUCACAAAGCCCGGGCAGACCCUCCCCAGCAACCCGACCUACUCGUCCCUGCCUGGGCUCGACCCCCUCUCCCCGGCACAAUUCUGGGUACCCACGUUCCACCAUGGUCACCACCACGGCGCCGCCGCCCUUCCUGGCUCGGAUCUCGGCGGGCACCGAAGACCCACGGCGGCUGCCGCCCUCCGCCCUGCUCCAACGCCUCCGGCGCGGGGAUAGCAACUGCGAGAACCAGCCCAGCUGCUGCCUGGCGGGCCCGGGGGGCAGCGCCCGCCCGGCGCUGAAGAGGGUGCGGCGGAGGAAGGGAAAGAUCCGGCCCGGCCCCGCAGGGCUCCUGCCCAGCCGCUACCAGCAGUACCAGCAGCACCGCGCCGGGCUGGGGAGAAGGACCCCGCUGGGAACCGACCUGGUGACGGACGCCCCCCCGGAGGAGCCCCCCGCGCCUGCCCCCUCGAGACCCGCGCCCGGCAAACCCCUCAGGAAGGAGGUAAAGACGGGCCUGCGCUACUUCUCCUCACUUCUCUGUUCCUCCUCAGCCCUCUGCCGGUGCCCGUUCUUAAAAAACAAGAUGGGAAAGACAGAGAAGGCGGCCGUCCCCUACGGCCAGCCCGUUCACAGCUUACAUCUGUGUGAACAACCAAAGAUUAACAGGCAGAAGAGUAAGUGUAACACGCCAGUGACGAAGAUCGCCUCGGCGAAAAAGAUCGAGAACUUUUGGCAGGAUUCUGUGUCGCCGGAAAUAGUUCAGAAGCAGGAGAAAAAGCCACUUAAAAACACAGAGAACUUCAGAAAUGCCAAGUCCAAGAAACCUAUCACCCUAAAUGAAGUGAGCCAAAAAGAAAAUUACGCUGGGGCAAAGUUUAGUGACCCACCGUCUCCCAGCGUCCUUCCAAAGCCUCCCAGCCACUGGGUGGGUGGCACAGCUGAACUAUCUGACCAAAACAGGGAGUUGAUGGCAGUCCAUUUGAAAACUCUCCUAAAAGUUCAAGCGUAGUUUCCAAGAUCUCUUGAGUAAUUGGCAAAGAAAACUCCAUCCAGGAAACUUAAACAUGCCUUGUUGCAACAGAAAUUGCAAAAGACUGUCAAGUCUUACCACAAUUAAAAAAAAAAAUACUUGUAUUAUAUUUUUUAUGGUUGUGUAAAUAGUGUACAUCUUGUAUUAUGUGUAUAUUCUUGUUCAUACUUUGAGAGGUACAUUUUAGUUUUGUUAUGAAAGGAUGUAUUUUGCACUGCCUGAUUGGUAGAUGUCUUGUAUAUAAAAAAUGGACAAUUUUACGUGUGUGCUUGACACGUGAAGACUUGACUUGCUUUGCACAAGGUAAUGAAAAUUUUGGAAGGAGACUACAGCUUUCUGAUUAAGGUUCCAGAUCAAAUGUGAAUGUUCUAUUCAUGCACUACUGACAAUAGUUUUACAUUCUGUCUCCCAAUCAAGUAUAAACAUGGAAUUUUCAUACAAAUGCGAAGUUUUGUCCUCUGCUCUGGAAACUAUCUGGGAUUCCUGUUCAUCUGUUUGUUUUUAAAAUUAAGUGGAAUUUGACUGAAAUUCCAACCCACCAAUUUGAGCACUGCUGAUUUCUUUAAAGAAGUAAAAAAACAAAAAACAAAAAAAAAAAAAAAAAAAAACCACAAAAAAACCAAACCAAAAACAGAAAAAAAAGAAGGAAAGAGCAGAGCUUUCUGCCAAAAAUCCAAUUGGUCACUAAAAAAUUAAAUAAAACAAUUUGGCCUCCCCUUAAGCAUGUCUCUGUUUUUCUUUGAGUGUGUGUCUGUUAAUUCAAGUAUGUGAAUUUACAUUGAUUGCCUUUUAGUGCAUUACUAGAAAUACUUUGUCUUUUAACUGAAUCAGGCAAAAUUAAGAGAUUAAAUAGCUCACUAAGAAUUCCUUGUGUUUAAAAAAAAAAAAAUGGUCACGUUUGUGAUGAGUCGUUUUAGGUUUGUUGAAAACUGAGAUUUCAAGCAAAUUGGGCAGUAAGAUAUUGAUAUUGAUGCGGUAAUGCUCCUUAAAUGUUUUCAUAGUAAGUUGCUAUUAAACUAGUUAACGCUGAAAAGUAGCAAUGACAGAAAAUGAAUGGAGCAAGUUGAA